AUGGCAUUUGGGAUGUGCAACGCCCCUGCUACCUUCCAACGGUCAAAGGCGGAUUCCAAUUCAACACGUAACUUCAAAGACAUCACAACCUUCACUAAGAUCCUGGACAGUCUGCUGGACGGAUAUGACAACAGACUGAGACCUGGUCUGGGAGACCGAGUGACAGAAGUGAAGACUGACAUCUAUGUGACCAGCUUUGGCCCAGUGUCUGACACAGAUAUGGAGUACACUGUGGAUGUCUUCUUCCGUCAGAGUUGGAAGGACGAGCGACUGAAGUUCCACGGACCGCUGACACUGCCUCUCAACAACCUGAUGGCCAGUAAGAUCUGGACUCCUGACACCUUCUUCCACAAUGGCAAGAAAUCAGUAGCCCAUUAACAUGCCAUGCCCAACAAGCUGCUGAGGAUCAUGGAGGAGGAACCCUGCCUGUACACCAUGAGGCUCACGGUUCAAGCUGAGUGUCCCAUGCACCUAGAGGACUUCCCCAUGGACUCUCACUCGUGUCCUCUGAAGUUUGGCAGUUACGCCUACACUAAGACCGAGGUCACGUACAUCUGGACUCGUAACGCCUCCCAGUCUGUGGACGUUGCAGCUGAUGGGUCCAGACUCAACCAGUACGACCUGGUGGGCCAGAGUGUGGGGAAGGAGACCAUCAAAUCCAGUACUGGUGAGUACACAGUCAUGACGGCUCACUUCCAUCUGAAGAGGAAGAUCGGCUACUUUGUGAUCCAGACCUAUCUGCCCUGCAUCAUGACGGUCAUCCUCUCCCAGGUCUCCUUCUGGCUCAACCGGGAGUCUGUGCCGGCCAGAACUGUCUUUGGUGUGACUACAGUCCUCACUAUGACCACGCUGAGUAUCAGUGCCCGUAACUCACUGCCUAAGGUGGCCUAUGCUACAGCUAUGGACUGGUUCAUCGCUGUCUGUUACGCCUUCGUCUUCUCUGCGCUCAUUGAAUUUGCUACAGUCAACUACUUCACCAAGAGAGGCUGGGCCUGGGACGGGAAGAGUGUCGUCAAUGACAAGAAAAAGGAAGCAUCCAUCAUGAAGAAGAACAACGCCUACGCUGUGGCGGUGGCUAACUACGCUCCCAACAUCACAAAGGACUCCACGCUGCCCACCAUCUCAAAGUGCGCUCUGAGCGACCCCAACAAGACCACGGCAGAGACCAAGCCCGAGCAGAACAAGAAGACCUUCAACAGCGUCAGCAAGAUCGACCGCAUCUCCCGCAUCAUGUUCCCCGUGCUGUUCGGGAGCUUUAACCUGGUCUACUGGGCCACCUACCUGAACAGAGAGCCGGUCAUCAAAGAUCUGGAUCCUUCCAAGUGA